UACUUCUUUGUUACAGCAAACAAUCAUGGCAUUUAAUGGUACUUGGAAAGUAGAAAAGAGUGAAAAUUAUGAGAAAUUCAUGGAGGUGAUGGGUAUCAGUUUAGUGAAGAGAAAGCUAGGAGCCCAUGACAACCUGAAGCUCACUUUCCAACAAGAGGGCAACACAUUCACUAUCAAAGAAUCAAGCAAUUUCCGCACCGUAGAGAUAGUGUUCACAUUGGGAGUAGACUUUGACUACAGUUUAGCUGAUGGAACUGAGCUCCAUGGUAACUGGAUCAUAGAAGAUGGUAAACUUGUAGGCACGUUCAGAAGGAAAGAUAAUGGAAACGAACUUAAGGCUUUCAGAGAAAUCAUCGGAGAUGAACUGGUUCAGACUUACAUCUAUGAAGGUGUCUCAGCUAAGAGAAUCUUCAAGAAAGCUUGAACAGGAUUGAAAUAUGAUGUGGACGAAUUACUGUACAUAUGGCAACUGCAAACACAUAUUAACUGUACAACUAAGACCUAUUUAUCUUC